AUGACUGCCUCACUCCUUACCCUAGAUGUCAAAGGCGCAUUUGACGCCGUGCUUCCCGGCAGACUGAUCCGCAGACUACGUGAGCAGGGCUGGCCUACCAAUCUUGUUCUCUGGAUUGCCUCCUUUGCUACUGGGCGAUCAGUUCAGAUCCGACUUGAUGGAGAGAUUGGCGCCUCAACAAACAUUACCUGCGGUCUUCCACAAGGAUCCCCAGUAUCUGGCAUUCUUUUCAUGCUCUACAUAGCGCCUCUAUUCCGUCUAGGAAACCCAAGGAACAAAUUUGCCCUCCUUGCAACUAUCCGCCUACGGCGUCUGGAUCCUUACCACCCACUUCGAAGACGCGCAGAACAGGUUGCCAGUAAUGGCCGACAAACCAGCCGAUUUGCCCGCCGUAUACUGGCCCUCCCCAACUCUGAGCAGAUAAACCCUCUCCAAUACGCUCCCUGGCACCCUCGCGAGUCUCAUGAGAAUGCCCAAGCUCGAAUAGGAGCUCCCAUGGGACGCACUAAGGAACAGGCAGCCGCUGAUUUCACGGCUUUUCAACGCACCAUCCCUAGCUCUGAUAUUAUAAUCUUUUCAGAUGGAUCUAGGCUAGUAGACAGACGUGCAGGGGAUGUCUAUAUUGGAUUUCAAGCACACUAUCAGUUCCUCCACUCCUCACUCUUAUAUGGACAUGGGAAAGAGGUCUUCGACGCAGAAGCAGAAGCUGCCCUAGCUGGUGCUCAAGCAGUAAUAGCAUACCCAACAGCUCAAUUUGCUACCAACUUAUGGAUCUGCCUUGACAACUUGGAAGUUGCCACGCGCCUCCUAUCUCCCUCUACAGGAUCCUCUCAAGAGGUCUUUGAAUCCUUCCGCACCCUUGCAGCUGCCUGGCCACUACGCGAGAGGCUUCCACACACCAAAAAUGGAUCAAUCUAA